GGAGGCGGAGUCUGGAUCAGGCCUCCUAUAACAACCUCCCUCUGCACACACAGACACACUCCUGAAUCACUGGUGACUUCAAGACACCGAACCCGAACCAGCUGGCAACUUCUACCCGCUGACUCCUUAACGAGCUCCACUGGUAGCUUCUGCAGCCUCCACUGGUCCAGGAUGAAGAUCUGUGCUCUGCUGCUGCUGACUGUCGUGGGCCUGUCAGUGCAAACGAAGGUCAAGACCAAAGGGACUGACUGUUCUCAGAUCAGGAGAACGUCCCCGACUGCUGCCAGCGGCGUGUAUUGGAUCCAGCCCCCAGGAGUGAGGAUUCCUUUCCAGGUGUACUGUGAGAUGCUGGCGGGCGGGGGCUGGACGGUGUUCCAGAGACGAACGGGCAGCACUCUGUCCUUCAGCCGGAACUGGGCGGCGUACCGGAUGGGCUUCGGACAACCAGGAAAGGACCAGUGGCUGGGCCUGGAGAGGGUCUACUCCCUGACCAGGACCCCCGGGACCAGGUGGGUGCUGAAGGUGGACCUCUGGGACCACGAGGGAGGGACCGCCUACGCCCGGUACAGUGACUUCCGGCUGGCCGAUGAGCAGCAGGCGUACAGGCUGACAGUCGGAAGUUUCCAAGGGAACGCAGGGAAUGCGAUCAAAGGCGGGUAUGCGGGCAUCGACCAGAACGGUUCUAGGUUCAGCACCAUGGACCGGGACAACGACAGCUGCAACCCCUGCCUCUACGAUGACAUCGCGCAGUACCACUGCGCGAGGGAUAAGCAGGACGGCUGGUGGUUCAGCCGAUGUGACUCCACCUCCCUCAACGGAGAGUGGCACCCCAAGGGCGAAAACGUGUUACGGAGCUCGGGGCUCCACUGGAAGACCUGGAAGAUAUCGUACUCCGUCAGCGCCUCGCGCAUGAUGAUCAAGUCCCUGUAGAGGAGUGCUGCUCAAGUGGGUACACAUGCCCUUAUGGGUACUUCCGAGUACUGAUGAGUUAAAUAAAAGUUUAAUUUAAAAGGGUCUCUUUUAUUUAUUUUUUAUCCAGAAUUUUCAUUUCAAUUCUGAAAGCUGGAUAGAAAAUAAAAAAAAUAUGAUAAGUCGUAAAUGUUAAAAAAAAUAAAAAUCCAUGAAAAAUAAACCGCAUCCAGAAACACCAAAAUGUUGUAAUGUGAUUCACAUCUACAUGAUCCUCCCCUGGCGUUGGGCUUCCUUUCGAGGUGAGAAACGAGCCAUUAGCAGGCACUGUAGGACCCGUUUAGUUCCUGCAUUGUGCUGGGACUCGCUGUCUCUAUGAUCGUUCCAGUCAAUAAAACACUCUGCUUCACCAAUCCCUUUAUUCUUCGUCAGGCUCACACGUUUCAUUUUAUAUUCCUCAUUCCUUCACCAUAAUAAUGAUAUUGCGUAGUUAAAUAAAAAAAAUUGCAAAUCUUUCAUCAAAAUAUAAUGACACGUUUGACAUGUUUAUAUAAAGAACCAGAUUACAAAAGCACAUUUUUAAAAUGUCACAUUAAUAUAGCUUAAAAACCCUUUGGAUAUACUGUCAAUCCAAAACUCAACAAACAGAAACAAAGAUUAUUAUGUCAACACAUAAUAAUUAGGCAAAAGCUAAAGAAUAAAACGUUGAUUGCUGGAGCAGUAAUUAAAUAUGCUGUCGGUGAGAGAUUUGAGAGGCGUAACUUGAGUGCAUAGGCCCCAUGCUUGGUUUGAGGAUUCCAAAUU